UCAACUAUUAGCUGAAAAUCGAAAUUUCACAAUAGCGCACCAUAAAAUCUAAAAGUUUUUUUUUUUGUUUUUAAAGCCAUAACUUAAGACAACGUUGUGCUAUAUGGUGCGGUAGUUUUUGGCUCCUUGCAAAAACUCAACAGUGGCUUCAAAAUUGACAAGUUUUACAGUAGCAUAAAAUAACGGUGCGUGCUUGUCGUUAUUUAACCUAAAGAAAACCGACUUUACACCUCCUCCCCCGCCUCCUUAGACAAAACCAAAGAGCGAAAUGGCUUUCCGGCUCCUCAGCUCGGCGACGGCAAUAAAAAGCCUGAUGAAACGCAGUUAUACUCAGUCUCCACUCACGUCAAAGUUACAGCAUAAUGGCGGAGCCCCGUUUGAGUUAACGCCACUGGUUCGGUAUAUUGUGGAACAGCUUCAAAUGUUCUGCAAAAAACCGCCGAAGGGUUUUGAAAAGUAUUUCGAGGCCGGUGGCAAAGGUAAACCAAAAGCAGCCGCCGAGGGGGAUAAAAGUGCGGCUUCAAACAGCAAACAAUCGAGUAGUAGUAGCAGCAGUAGCAGCAGCAGCAGCAAACCCAAACCACCCGCGAUGAGGCCCAGCAGUUCCAAUGAGCCCAAAUCGGAUUGGAACUUUGGCAUGUUCAGCAACAGCUCACGAGGCCCAGGGGCGCGUGGCACGGGGACGCCGAGCGGCCGUCCACUGGGUGAGGGCGGCGGCGGCGAUCGGGAACGUUGGAUACUCUUUGGAGCCAUUGGCGCAGUUGUACUGAUUGCCUCCUUUGCGUUCUUCGAAAUGGGCUACAAGGAGAUCUCCUGGAAGGAGUUUGUCAACAGCUAUCUCUCCAAGGGCGCAGUCGAGAAACUGGAGGUGGUUAACAAAAAGUGGGUACGUGUCCGCCUGCUGCCCAGCCAGAGCAGCAGCGGCGUCUUGUGGUUUAACAUUGGCAGCGUGGAUUCAUUCGAAAGAAAUUUGGAGACUGCGCAAACGGAACAGGGCAUAGAGUCCAUCAAUUUCGUGCCCGUCAUCUACCGCAACGAAGUGGAGGCAUCCAGUCUAACUGGUCUGCUGCCCACGCUCCUAAUCAUCGGCUUCCUCGUCUAUAUGAUGCGCAAGUCGGCGGACAUGAUGGGCGCUGGGCGUGGACGCAAAGGCGGUGGCCUGUUUGGCGGCGUUAUGCAAUCGACAGCGAAGCUAAUCAAUCCCACAGAGAUUGGCGUCGGCUUCAAAGAUGUGGCUGGUUGCGAGGAGGCGAAAAUUGAAAUUAUGGAAUUCGUCAAUUUCUUGAAGAAUCCACAACAGUAUAUCGAUCUGGGCGCCAAAAUACCGAAGGGUGCCAUGUUGACCGGUCCGCCCGGUACUGGUAAAACUCUGCUGGCCAAGGCCACAGCUGGCGAGGCGAAUGUGCCCUUCAUCACCGUCUCCGGCUCGGAGUUUCUGGAGAUGUUUGUCGGCGUGGGUCCGUCCCGAGUGCGCGAUAUGUUUGCCAUGGCACGAAAGCAUGCGCCCUGCAUUUUGUUCAUUGACGAAAUCGACGCUGUGGGCCGCAAGCGAGGUGGCAAAACCUUUGGCGGGCAUUCGGAGCAGGAGAACACACUGAAUCAGCUGCUGGUCGAAAUGGAUGGCUUCAAUACGACCACCAAUGUGGUGGUGCUGGCGGCCACCAAUCGUGUGGACAUACUGGAUAAGGCGUUGAUGCGACCGGGUCGCUUCGAUCGACAGAUCUAUGUGCCAGCGCCCGAUAUCAAGGGCCGGGCGAGCAUAUUCAAAGUGCAUCUGGGUGCCCUUAAGACGGAGCUGGACAAGAAUGCCCUGUCCCGUAAGAUGGCAGCGCUGACGCCUGGCUUCACCGGCGCCGACAUUGCGAACGUUUGCAAUGAGGCGGCGUUGAUUGCGGCGCGUGACUCCAAGGACUCCAUUGUGCUGAAGCAUUUCGAGCAGGCCAUCGAGCGUGUCAUCGCGGGCAUGGAGAAGAAGACGAACGUCUUGGCACCCGAGGAGAAGCGAACGGUGGCCCACCAUGAGGCGGGGCAUGCGGUGGCCGGCUGGUUCCUCGAGCACGCCGAUCCCUUGCUGAAGGUCUCGAUUAUACCGCGCGGCAAGGGUCUUGGCUACGCUCAGUAUUUGCCCAAGGAUCAUUAUUUGCUGUCCAAGGAGCAGCUCUUCGAUCGCAUGUGCAUGACCCUGGGCGGCCGUGUGGCUGAGGAGUUGUUCUUCAAUCGCAUCACAACGGGUGCGCAGGACGAUCUGAAGAAGAUCACAGACAUUGCCUACUCGCAGGUGGUGCGAUUCGGCAUGAACGAGAAGGUUGGCCAAGUGAGCUUCGAUGUGGGACAGUCGGGUGAUCCGGUGUUCAGCAAACCCUACUCCGAGGACACGGCCAUGCUGAUCGACGGCGAGGUGAGGGACAUUAUUAAGUGUGCGCACACAACGACGACCGAAUUGCUGGUCAAGCACAAGGAGGAUGUGCGUCGUGUGGCCGAGCGGCUGCUGCAGAACGAGGUACUCAGUCGCGACGAUAUGAUUGAGCUACUAGGACCACGUCCAUUCAAGGAUAAGUCCACGUACGAGGAGUUUGUUGAGGGCACCGGCUCCUUUGAGGAGGACACCACGCUGCCCGAGGGCCUCAAGAGCUGGAACAAGGAGAAGGAGGAGCCCGCCAGGACAGACACAACGGACACAACGCCACCCACGAAGCCUGCGACUGCUUCCCCCUAGACGUAGACGUCUGGAAUCUGGAAUCGCCGUCGUUGUCAUCGUCUUUAUAUAUUCUAGUGGCUGUUGUUAUCAUUGUUGUAGUCUAAGCAGAUCAUCUAGGGAAUGUGGACUUCCACCUGGAUCGCUGAAAAUCACGACGUGCUUUAA